AUGGAAAAUAUUUCCUUGAUAAGUAUCAAUGUUUUUCUUGUUGGAAUUCAGGAAAUGGAGACAUUUAAAUAUCUAUAUUUUGUGAUAAUUUUGGGGAUUUAUAUCUCUAAUAUGUUGUUUUGCUCUCUCCUUAUGUGUAUUAUCAGAACUGAGCCGAGUCUCCAUGAACCAAUGUAUAUUUUUAUCUUUAAUCUGAUCAGUAACGGGAUGUUUGGGAGCACAGCUUUUCUCCCCAAGUUAAUGAUUGAUUUGCUUUCUGGAUCCAAGACCAUUUCGAUCCACAGCUGCCUUGUCCAAGCAUUUUGCAUACAAUGCUCCGCUUGCACUGAAAUCUUGACGUUUACUGUUAUGGCUUAUGACAGAUAUUUAGCUGUUUGUUACCCUUUGAGAUAUCCAACUCUAAUGACAAAUGGAAAAGCUCUGAGAUGCGCAGCUGUGACAUGGAUUGUGUCCUUCACAUAUGAAGCGGUGGUUGUGAUAUUGACUGCAAGACUCACUUUAUGUGGAACAAACAUCAACAAUGUCUAUUGUGAAACACUGUCUCUCCUCAAACUGUCCUGUGGUGAUACAACUGUAAAUAAUAUAUUUGGAACUGUUACUACUCUUUUUCUUAUAAUUGUAUCUGAAAUGAUAGUAAUUUAUUGUUACAUUCAAACAUUUACUGUCUGCCUGAAGAUCUCCAAAGACGAAUGUCAGAAAGCCAUCCACACACUGGUGACUCAUCUCAUUGCAUUUUCCUUAUUUAUGGGUGCAGUCAUUUUUAUUUCAUUUCGUCACAGACUUAACAUUGGUGCUUUGUCCAACAAUUUACACCUUGUUCUGGGAGUAGUUGGACUCACAAUAUCUAUUACUAUAAACCCAAUCAUAUAUGGAAUACGGACAGUAGCUCUCAGAAGCAAGAUGAUUAAUUUUCUCAAUUUGAAAAAUAUAUAUGUCAAGGACCAAGCACACUGA